AUGGAUUUCAUGUUCGGUGGAAAGUACAGACUUGAGGAGGAAAUCGCUAUCGGAGGAUGUGGCUCAGUAUUUCUUGGAGUUCAUACCGUCGCGGGAAAGGAGGUCGCAAUCAAAUUAGAACCAGCUAUCGCACGCAAUAGUCCCCUCAAGCAGGAGUCCAAGGUCUACAAGACCCUCAUGGGUGGCCCUGGCGUACCAUGGAUCAUGUGGUCAGGAAGGCACGGCGAUUACAACGUUAUGGUGAUCGACUUGUUGGGACCAUCCCUCGAGGACCUAUUCAAGAUGUGCAAUCGUCACUUCACCAUGAAGACCGUGCUUCUACUUGCGGAUCAGUUGCUGUGUCGGACUUUCCUUUUCCCGCGUUUUUCCGCCAGCAUGCCUGACGCGUUCCCAACAACCCAGCUAUCGCGUCUAGAGUUUGUCCACUCACGUGAUUUUGUUCACUGCGACGUCAAACCUGCCAACUUUGUGAUGGGGACAGACCGUGCAGCACAUUUGGUCAAUGUGAUCGAUUUUGGGCUCGCUAAAAAAUUCCGAGACCCAAAGACGAGCGCCCAUAUCCCGUAUCGACAGGACGACCAUCAUGGCGUGGGUACAUCCCUCUUUGCAUCUAUCAAUGCGCACAACGGCAUCGAGUGUUCUCGGCGUGACGAUUUAGAAUCUCUUGCUUACAUGCUGAUUUACUUCCUGCGGGGCACGUUACCAUGGCGGAAAAUCAAAGGCGCUACCGUAGCUGAGACAUGGGACGCUAUCCGAGACAAGAAACUCGAGGCUUUAUCGGUCCUCAGUGUGGGCCUUCCUGUGGAGUUCGAAAUUUUCUUUAACUAUGCAAGAGGGCUUGAGUUCGAGGACCUCCCGGACUACGAGGGACUGCGAGAUUUGUUUAGAGGGCUGGCGAAGAAACUGAAGAUAGAGUAUGAUGAUGUGUAUGAUUGGACCCUGUCCCAAACGCGGACUACGAAGAGAUUUUGCGAAGCGUGUAAUGCGCGACGAUAA